AUGGCCAAGCGGCUCCUGGUGACCUACGUCCUGUGGGCACUGGGGGGCCCCGUCGGGCUGCACCACGUCUACCUGGGCCGGGACAGCCACGCCCUGCUGUGGAUGCUCACGCUAGGGGGCUUCGGGGUGGGCUGGCUCUGGGAGUUCUGGCAGCUCCCCGGCUGGGUGGCACGAGCCAAUGACACUCGGGAGCCGCAGCCCCGCGGCCCAGAGCCCCCAGCCCUCAGCCCCGUGCGUUUCUUCAGCCAGGUCCUGGUGGGGAUCUACUUCGGGCUGGUGGCGCUGAUCGGCCUCUCCUCCCUGGCUGGCUUCUACCUGCUGGCCCUGCCGCUGGCCGUGGGCCUGGGGGUGCACGUGGUGUCCAGCGUGGGCGACCAGACCUCGGAUCUCAGGAGCACCCUGGUGGCGGCCUUCCUCACCUCCCCUGUCUUCUAUGGCCACGCCCUGGCCAUCCUGCCCAUCAGCCUGACAGCCAGCGUGACCGCCCAGCAGUGCCGGCGCUAUAAACCCUCCCGGGGCCCCCGGCUGACGCUGCGUGCCCGGCUGUACCACCUGGGCCUGGCCUACCUGGCCUUCACCACCCCGCUGGCCUACUGCGCCUUCUGCAACACAGCUGCCACUGCCCGCUACCUGGCUGACGCCAUUGGCGCUGUUUUGGGUUGGCUCAGUUUCUUCCCGACCCUGGGCAGCUUCCUGGAGCAGCUCUUCCUCCUGCCCUACCGCACCUGGAGGCUGCUGAUGGAGGGCACAGGCUUUGGGGCCGGCUCCUUCCAGGUGUGGGAGAAGGUCUAUGAGUUUGUGCAGAGCUUCCAGAGUGAGCGGCAGCAACUGGCGUACAAGGUCUUGGGCCUCCGGGACGGCGCCCCUGUGGAGGAGAUUCACAAGAGUUACCGGGACCUGGUGAAACUUUGGCACCCGGAUCACAACCGCCACAGGGCGGAGGAGGCCGAGAGACAGUUCAUCGAGGUGCAGGCUGCCUACGAGAGCCUCAUGCACUCGAGGAAAGCCAAGCCUGCAUGA